AUGUCAUUGCUUGACAGAGUGCAGGGCGACGACGAGUUGUACAUUGGCGGACUUUUCACGUUGAGGCGACGAGAGGCGCUGCAGACCACUGGCAUCACGCAUGUUCUAUCCGUCUUGAGGUUUCAGCCUGAUGCAGAGCUGUUCGCAGGCUUCAAGCAGAAGGUUGUAGAAGUGGAUGAUGUCGACGAUGAAAACCUGUUGCAGUACUUUCCAGAGACCAACAAAUUCAUCCAAGAUGCGCUCGACUCGAGCGGCGGCAUCCUUGUGCACUGUGCUAUGGGAAAGUCGCGCUCAGCGACGUGUGUCUGUGCUUAUUUGAUACAUCGCUAUGGCAUUAGCCCAGACGAGGCACUGGCAAGAAUACGACAGAACAGGCCAUUGGCUGAGCCAAACGAGGGUUUCUGGGAGCAGCUCGAGCUUUAUCACGAGAUGGGUGCGCCGGAAAAUCUCGAGUCCACUUCGGCGUAUCAGCGAUGGGUAUACCUGCAGGAGGUCAAGCUCAGCCGAGCAUGUGGUCAAGCACCGGAAGCAGAAAAGAUUAGAUUCGAAGAUGAACAUUCCCAAGGUUCAGGCUCGGCAGAUUUCGAUCUUCGGUGUCGAAAGUGCAGACGUACGCUGGCCAACUCGCAGUAUCUCGUCACUCAUCAACCACGCAGAGGCGAGACAUCAGCCAAGCAAACACCUUUAGCCUGCUCACACUACUUCCUCGAUCCUCUGUCAUGGAUGAGGCCUGAACUCGAGCAAGGCAAGCUUGAUGGUCGGCUCGAGUGUCCGAAGUGCAAGACGAACGUUGGCAAGUACGCUUGGCAAGGCAUGCAAUGCAGCUGUAGUGACUGGGUUGUGCCUGGUAUCAGUCUGGCUAAAGGCAGAAUCGACGAGAUCAAAUCGAGGACAGCAAGUGGGCCAGGUUUUGGUAUCCGAGUGCCACCGUCAGCGGUCAACAAUAAAGGUGGUCAAGGCCGAGAGAACCUUUGA